AUGGGAGGUACCUUUCGAAUUUAUAUAUUCGAUGAAAGUCACAAAUACGUUCCAGAAGAAUACCCAGAAUUUGAAGAUUUCUUAAAAGAUGAAGUAGAAUACAUACAAGUAAGUGACAUGGACGAAGUAAAAGAGGAUCUCUUGAACAGAAGAUUUCGCUCCGGACCAUUAGGUGAAUACGGUAUAAUGUUAGCUCGGAACAAGUGUGAAGUACACACCUUUUGUUAUGGAUUUGAUAACUAUUAUAUCGAAGAGGAUUAUAUGGGACCAGGUGUAUUCCUGAAUUACAUUAUAGGGAAAGGUGAUAUACUAGCAUGCAUCCCAAAAGAUUGGCUGGAGAUUUGUCCACAUGGGUGGUCAGAUAAAAUAAGGGUCUACACUUAUAAGAGCAAAAGGUUAAAUAUCCAACCCGCUAAGUUUAAAUACAUAGAUGUAAGCAACGAGGAUGAUAUUAAGAAAGAUUUAUUGUACCGGGGAUUCGAGUUGAGCACCUAUAUGAUACUAGAUGAGUAUAUCAAGCUUAAAAAUAUAAAUGAGGGUUACAAGAACUACAAAGUGAUUACCGAAAGGGAGAUCGAAGACCGGAUUAAGGACAUAAUGUCAGAUAGAUACGAUAUUAUAGAUAAGAUUGUAAUUGUAUUUACGAUCAAUGCCAAAUUUGAUAGCCACAAGAACUUCAAAAGUGUGCCGGUUUCGAAUAUAGGAGAGAUGAAGGGGACUUUUAGGAAAUUAAGGAAUGAAGCAAACGAUCCAUAUACUUUUCAGAAUUGGUAUUACUAUUUGAUGAUGCCAAACGAAGGAAUUAGGCUUUAUGACGGAUUCAAGGAUGGCUAUGUAGUAGUAGACGUCAUUAAAGAAUUAGGAUUCGCUGAAAUGCACAGUUUGCUUCUGAAGAAAUAG